AUGGAGCAAACAAUACUAGAUAGCAUCCAAAAUCUACAACUCACUAAGGAAGAAGAAGAAGACAUUCAGAUCACAAACCAAAGUAGACCAAAAAUCUUAGAGGAAUGUGCAUUAAGCCUUUUUGGUAGGCUACAGGCCAAUAGGCAGCAGAAUCAACGUGCUUUGAAGAGCACACUAAGAUCGGCAUGGAAGAUGGGCUCAGACCUCAGAAUCGUUGAGAAUAAGGGACUGACUGCAGCAAACAUGGAGUUUACACACUCCCCUUUUUGGCUCCAAAUUUGGGGAUUGCCAUUUGAGCAUAUGUCAGAAGACACUGGGAAAGACAUAGGAAGCAGGCUGGGAAGAUAUGUGGAGACUGAUACAAGAUCUUGGCAUUUUGACCAAGCUAAGUUUAUGAGGGUUCGGGUAGAGCUGAUGGUGGACAAGCCUCUGCGAAGAGGUGGGUACAUCACAAGUCCAGAAGGUGCAAGACUGUGGGUCACCUUCAAAUAUGAGAGGCUCCCUGUAAUAUAUUUUUAUUGUGGAAGGAUUGGUCAUGAUGCUAGACAUUGUGCAGUACCAAUAGAUGCACAGAGCCAAGAACCCCAGUAUGGUGAUUGGCUUAGAGCCAACGACACAUAUAAGGGAAACAAUGAAAGAAGCAAACCUUGA